GAACAUGAACUUGCAGAUGUACAACAAAACAUUACGCAUUUACACGACAAACAUUAGUGAAAGGAGAAACAAUGCCUUCUUCUUCAGUGUCCAUCAUCUCCAAAUGCACUGUCUACCCACAAAACAAAUCCGCCAUUAAAUCUCUUAAGCUCUCUGUAUCUGAUCUUCCAAUGCUUUCAUGCCAGUACAUCCAAAAGGGUGUUUUGUUAUCAAAACCGCACUUUGAAUCCGCAAUUCUCAUCUCUCGCCUCAAGCUUUCUCUUUCUAAAACUCUCUCUCACUUCCCGGCUCUCGCUGGCCGCCUUCAUACUUAUGAUAAUGGCCAUGUCCACAUCCUCUGCAACGAUUUGGGAGUCGAUUUUGUUCACGCGAAAGCGCCGUACAUGUCUCUUAAAACCCUUUUGCCAUCUGAUCAUAAUCAAGAUAUCCCUUUCAGUUUCAGAAAGUUCUUCCAAUUUGAUAACACUCUCAGCUACGAUGGACAUGACAAACCCCUUGUCGUAGUUCAGGUAACUGAGCUCAACGACGGCGUUUUCAUCGGCUGCACCAUCAACCACGCGGUGGUGGACGGCACCUCUUUCUGGAACUUCUUCAAUACCUUUGCAGAGGUGUGUAAAGGGGCGGAGAAGAUCUCGAAAUCUCCGAAU